CGAAACUGCGCAUAUACUGAAUCAACAUAGAAAUGUUGGUCGUCACGACGAGCCUACUCUUCAGCAGGCUUGGAAUAUCGCUAUGUUAGGUUUGUCUUGCUACAACUUGGGACAUUUUGAUAAAACGGUAGCAUGGUGCACGAGAGCAUUCACUUUGUAUACAAGAGUUUUAAGAGGGUCCUUAUUUAACGCUGAUUACUACAAUCACUGGUUCGUGAUUGAAAAUUUGUAUAGUCUCGGCACCGCAUAUGCAACGAUGAAUUUUUUUGAGAAGGCUGUUUAUUAUUUAAAUCUGGGAAGAAAUUUAAUAAAUGGCUGUGAGGUGAGUGACAGACAGGAUCCAAAGCAACACGUCAAAGUCUUGAGAGCCCUGGCUGAUUCGCAUGCAUCUAUGGAAGAAAGUGAUGUGGCCCUCAGAUUUUACGAGGAAGCAGUUCAGAUAAGCAGGAAGUUAGGAGAAAACAACUCGAAGACGGCCCUGCAAAACCAACUGCUCAACAGCAUGGCCAGUGUGAACGUAGACAGCAAGAACUACGAAGAUGCAGAGAAUAAUCUGGAACAAGCACUAGACUAUCAGAAAGACGUCGAAAUGUCCAUCAAAUUGGACAUGGUAGCUGUCUUGAAGCGUCUCGGAGCCACAAGUGUCUUGGCUUGUGACGUCGAUAAAGCGAUCGGUUGCUACAAAGAUUGCAUUCAAGCAACUCGAGAACUCCGAUGGAUGUCAAAUCAAUGGGAGGACAUUACUUGCAUGCUGUGUACGCUGGCUACUCUGUACCACGUCAAGAGUUGUAUGCUGGAUGACGAGAACCAAAUGGAGCUUUUCAUGACUAUGUCCGAAGGCUGCUUCCAAGAAGCGAUCGCAAUAACUGAGGACAAUCCACUGGACAUACGAAUCGAAGUUGAGUGUGCUGUCGACCUCCAGUAUGCCAACUUCUUGUACCAGCAAGGUCUCUACGCCGACGCCCUCCACGUCCUCCUACCGACCACAUUCGGAAACCGACCUCAGUUGAACGAUUUGGUGUACAGCGGCAUAGAGCAAGCCGUUCUGCCGGAUCAUUUACAAAGUGACUUCUACGAUGAUUCCAUGAUUAUCGACGCCAAAACAUUCGCCUACUUACUCGCGAUUCUCUGCUACAAGAAUAUAGGCUUGAUUUCUGAGGCAGAUGACGUUUUGGUAAUGCUGUACAAGAGUACAUUGGAUCCUCAUUCAAAAGCAUUUCUGUGUAACAUUUGUGGCUAUGCGUUGUUAGAGAUGGGAAUGUACCUGGAAGCGUGCGAAAUAUUUUUCUAUUCGGCAACUGUGAAGAGUGUGUAUACCCCGCUCGGAGUCAAAACUGCUAUAAAUUUUUAUAUCAUUUUGUGCUUGCACAUAUACAAUUCUCUCGUCAACUUCUUUCACACAGUUUACAAUCUACUUCAAAAGUUAAGUAAAAAAUUACAUAGCAGUAAAUACAGUAGCGGGAAAAAAGAUUUCGAAAAUGAAUCAAUUUCUUCAAUUGUCAGACAACUUUCUUCGCAGGAUGAAUCUGAUUUGGCGUUCUGCAGUGAUUCCGGUGAGGAGAUGGUGGAAAUAUGGGAGGAGUGGACAGAAGAUAACGUGCCGGACUCGAAAAAAGUUCAUUGGAGUGACAAAUCAUUCACUCCUAACAAACUUGAAACAGCAUUUACAGAAAUGAAACAAACUUAUCAAGAAAAAGAUUCAAAUAUUCAAACAAAAACUUUUGAGAUGAAAAAAACAGAGAACAAUAACAAAUUAAUUGUAAAUGAGCAACACUAUCAGCAGUUUACUUCAGUCCAACAACGGCCACUGACCAUUCAAGAACAAGGUUUCAGUCCCCACAAGUUUUCUGAAUCAUCGACUUUCUCAAAUACGUCCGAUUACAGCUCUCAAGUUUUUCAUCAUUCGAGAGAGAAGCUAGACGAAUUUGCAAACAUCAAUGAAGAUAGCAAUGAAGACGAAGACGAAAUUAGCGAAACUUUUGAAGAGAUCGUGUACGACACCCCGAGCCACAUGGCGCCCAGCUGCAUAAACAACGAACAAUUCAGAAGCAGCAGCAGCAGUGACUUCAACAUCUGCAAGCACAACAUCUUCACAUCCAGCACAAACAGCAGUGACACGCUGACCGGCUCCAACAACAACCUGGAAAAGAUCAAAAUCGACGAGCACAACAAAAAAAUCAACGAAAUGUCAGUGGAAAUUAACGGAAAUUUGACCUCGUACCACAACGUCCCUCUGAAAGUGGGAGCUCUGGAUCAGCCUGAAAGUGACUCGCUGGAGGACAACGAGGAGUGGGUCACGAUUGAAGAAGUCGUCGACACUCCCAUCGAAAUAUUGGCCAUCUUAAACAGAAAUAACAAAUUAAACAGUUUUAAUAAUGGCAACAAUAACAUUAAUAAUGCAAAUAAUAAAAAUGGAAGAUAUGCGGUUGGAUUAUAUGUAUAGAUUGAUGUAGAUGUAUAUGUAUUCUCAUACUAACAACAUUUUUUCUGAACACGUCAGAUUUCAAAAUUGUAAGCACUCUUUUUUUUAUUUCGAAAAUUUAAAUUUACAUCCGUUUGAAAGUAAUUUAUUAACCACUCUUUCAUAACUUUUCAACUGUUCAAUUAGUUUGGCAGGAUGGCAAUUGUUAUAAUGAUCUGAUAACCAACGACUCCUAACAAAAAGUUUUAAUAGCAGCUAUUAAACAAACAACCGAUAAACAAACCAAUUGCAACGUUAACUGCCUGGCACGUUCGCGAGAGGUUGUACAACAGUAACAUAAACAAACAACUUGAACGCUUUUAAACUUUCGCUAUUAAAAAAAAGAAAUGUUUUUAUUUCAAAAUGUUUGAAUGGAUUAACAAUCAUGCAACAUUCGAAUUUGUUACAUAACAAAAUGUCAAUCU